UCAUUCUGAGCUGUUCAUAAUACCCUUUUCCCCUCCAAGGAAUAUUCUCUUGUGCAACUCAAUCCCGAACAAAAAUCAUAAGAUCUUUAUAUUUCUCACUCCAAAUCGUUACUCACAUCCCUUGAAAUACAAUCUUUCAAAUCUGUCUCUCUUUCCAUUCGAUUCACCACUCCCUCUUGAAUCCACUCAUUGACCGCAAAUCUACACCCAAUCGCUCGCACUACGGUUGUACCUUUGGUGGUUAUUUAAAGAGUACAGUAGUUCGUAGUAAGUAGUAUAUCUUUCGAGCGACAAAGAAGAAAGACAGACAGGUAAACAACCAUUUGAUCACAAAAUAAUCUCGACCUCGGAUACGGAAAUAGAAAUCCAUACGAUCUAAUUCUUGAAAAUCCAUUAAAUCCACCCAUAUUCUCCCAAUCCAAAUUCAAAAGAAACUCUCCCGAAUUUCAUUUCAUCUUCAAGAUGAACCCUUUGCAAAAGAACAAGGUCGAUAUUGCAUCCCUCUCCCCGGAUGAGCAACGACUCUUCCGCCUCUAUGGCAAACUCCCCAGCAAAGCCGAUCAUUUAGCCAAACAACUCAAGGAACGUAAAUACUUCGAUUCUGGCGACUAUGCACUCUCCAAAGCCGGCAAGGCCUCUUCCGUCGACACGGGUAGCGUUGGAUCGGAACAUCCUCUCCCAGAAAACAUCCCCCAUCUCUCAUCUCCCAGCGUUGGCAAUGCCGCACAAGGUGGUUCUGGCAAUACAAAUGUAGGACCUGGCUCUGCACAUCAUGGUAGCAUUGCAGGAUUGGGAUUGGGUCAGCAGAGUGGAAGUCCAGUGAAAGAGAGCAGCUAUUUACAUCGCGAGACAAGCAUUGAUGAGGCAGAUAAGAAGAAUGAUGCAAACACACAGCAAGCAGGAGAUGGCAGUGUCAGUCCACCAGUUGUCAAGGGAGGUAUUCCAAUCAAUGGUUAAGGGUAUUUUUGUGGGAGAAUUUACUACGUGUGCGUACGCACGGGUUUCGGCGUUUUGGGCUAUUCAAUGAUAUGAUGAUGAUCUUGAUGGUUUAA